UAUGGUAUGGCUUCAUGGAAUUGUGUAGAUGAAAAGAGUUUAACAUAAAAUAUAAUAAAAUAGUGUUUAAGAUAAGAUUUCCAAUUGGUACUUCUUUAUCAGAAUUUGGAAAAAGCUUUUUGAGUAGAAAUUUGGAGAGAAGGAAGAGAAUAAAAGAAUGGAAUGGAUAGAAUUAUUUUAAAUGUUUGAAUCUAAGAAGAAUUUAGAAGCUAUUCAAUUUAAUUCAAACAAAAAUGAAAAUUAUAUAUUUUUAGAAUAAACAUAGAUACAACCUCUAUUUAAUGUAGAAAUGACCUAAUAAAUAUCAAUCAUUACUCACAACUUAAAAAAGGAGAUGAAUUUUGAGUUACUUUGUUUAUUGUUAUCCAAGUUCAUAGCAAACUCAUUUAAAUUGCUAUAGUUUAACAUUCUUGCCUUAUUUUAAUAGUAGAAAAGCAUAUGA